GUCGCAGUGUGUUGUUGUUGUAGUGAUCUUCCAGAAACAGAAUACUCCGGGCUUCUUCUGGGUUUGUUGUGGUCUUCUGGCGCUAUUCUAGUCCACGACAUCUCUUUCGGUACUUCGGAUCUCCCUUCAUUUUUUUAGCCGCUCAGAUGUACCGUGCUCCGGUCAGACCCCAGCGGAGUCCCGGAGCUCCGCGUCCGGCGGGAAGGUUUCCCUCCCCGGUCUCCUGCUGGGGUUUUCCCGGAGCUCGCUCCCCGUAUGGAGGGUCCGGCUAUCGCGGAGGUUCUCCCCGGGGCUGCCCCACUUACUCUCCGGGUUCCCCGAUUUAUUCUCCGGGUUCUAACCGAGGAUGCUGGGACGGUUCUGCGGCCAGGUUUGGCAGCGGGUCCCGGGGCUUCGGAGGACAGAUGCGGCGCAGAGGGGACGGUUUCCGGCGGCCGCAGUCCUUCAGUCCCGGUUCAGCUCAGAAGUUCCAGUCCUCAGACUCUUCAGUGGAGAAAUACUUCAGUCCAUCGAUGCUGCAGGAUCCCUGGGCAGCUCUGCAGCCGAUCAGAGCAGCAGACGCAGCUGCAGCAAGACACGCAACAUGACAGUAAACAACAACAACUGCAACCAGACACAACAUGACAGGAAACAACAACAGCUGCAACCAGACACAACAUGACAGGAAACAACUACAGCUGCAGCCAGACACAACAUGACAGGAAACAACAACAGCUGCAACCAGACACAACAUGACAGGAAACAACUACAGCUGCAACCAGACACAACAUGACAGGAAACAACUACAGCUGCAACCAGACACAACAUGACAGGAAACAACAACAGCUGCAACCAGACACAACAUGACAGGAAACAACAACAGCUGCAACCAGACACAACAUGACAGGAAACAACAACAGCUGCAACCAGACACAACAUGACAGGAAACAACAACAACUGCAACCAGACACAACAUGACAGGAAACAACAGCUGCAACUAGACACAACAUGACAGGAAACAACAACAACUGCAACCAGACACAACAUGACAGGAAACAACUACAGCUGCAGCCAGACACAACAUCAGAGGAAACAACAGCUGCAACCAGACAAAACAUGACAGGAAACAACAACAGCUGCAACCAGACACAACAUGACAGGAAACAACAACAGCUGCAACCAGACACAACAUGACAGGAAACAACAACAGCUGCAACCAGACACAACAUGACAGGAAACAACAACAGCUGCAACCAGACACAACAUGACAGGAAACAACAACAGCUGCAACCAGACACAACAUGACAGUAAACAACAACAGCUGCAACCAGACACAACAUGACAGGAAACAACAACAGCUGCAACCAGACACAACAUGACAGUAAACAACAACAACUGCAACCAGACACAACAUGACAGGAAACAACAACAGCUGCAACCAGACACAACAUGACAGUAAACAACAACAGCUGCAACCAGACACAACAUGACAGGAAACAACAACAGCUGCAACCAGACACAACAUGACAGUAAACAACAACAACUGCAACCAGACACAACAUGACAGGAAACAACAACAGCUGCAACCAGACACAACAUGACAGGAAACAACAACAGCUGCAGCAAGACACGCAACAUGACAGUAAACAACAACAACUGCAACCAGACACAACAUGACAGGAAACAACAACAGCUGCAACCAGACACAACAUGACAGUAAACAACAACAACUGCAACCAGACACAACAUGACAGGAAACAACAGCUGCAACUAGACACAACAUGACAGGAAACAACAACAGCUGCAACCAGACACAACAUGACAGGAAACAACAACAGCUGCAACCAGACACAACGUGACAGGAAACAACAACAGCUGCAACCAGACACAACAUGACAGGAAACAACAGCUGCAACCAGACACAACAUGACAGGAAACAACAACGACACAACAUGACAGGAAACGACAACAGCUGCAACCAGACACAACGUGACAGGAAACAACAACAGCUGCAACCAGACACAACAUGACAGGAAACAACAACAGCUGCAACCAGACACAACAUGACAGGAAACAACAACGACACAACAUGACAGGAACAACAACAGCUGCAACCAGACACAACAUGACAGGAAACAACAGCUGCAACCAGACACAACAUGACAGGAAACAACAACAACUGCAACCAGACACAACAUGACAGGAAACAACAACAGCUGCAACCAGACACAACAUGACAGGAAACAACAACGACACAACAUGACAGGAAACAACAACAGCUGCAACCAGACACAACAUGACAGGAAACAACAGCUGCAACCAGACACAACAUGACAGGAAACAACAACAACUGCAACCAGACACAACAUGACAGGAAACAACAACAACUGCAACCAGACACAACAUGACAGGAAACAACAACAACUGCAACCAGACACAACAUGACAGGAAAUGGCUGCAUCUUGACAGAAAACAAACCAAUUCAAUCUCAGCUAAGUUGACAUCCUGACAAGAAACAAGAUGGUUCACAGGAAAAAACAGACAAACAACAGCAUCAGCAGUAAACAAACAACCAAACAGACGUCCUGACAGGAAACAACAUCAGCAGUAAACAGACCAGAGGUCUGUGAGCAUCUUCAGUCACCAGCAGUUUCAGGAUCAGAUUUCAGUGAUUUCAGGGAUCAGUCACCUUGAUGAGUUUCUACAUGAUGAACUGAUGAUGAUACACAGAUGAAUGUUUUUAACAAAAUGUUUUCUUACUGUUUUUAACCUAAAUCAGAUUCUUCUUCAUGUGUUUUAUUCAGUUUGUUUAAAAAAAAAAAAACUUACGUUUGUUACAAUAAAAAAAAAACAUAAAACUUUA